UUUUCCACCCACACACACAUUUGAAGUUUAAAGAGCCAAACAAAUUGCUACCAUGAACAGGCCAAAGCAGAGCACCAGCUCCAACAACAGUGGCACAUCCUCGGAAACCAGCGAAACGCAAAGUGCGGAUGACCAGCAAAGGGCUCCGCAGUUGAACAUUCGUGCGAGUAGUGCAUCAUUGAGUAGAGCCAAAAACAGUUGGAGACGCAUGAAGGAUCUGGCUGCCGAGAAGGAAAAGGAAAAUGAGGCCAAGCGACCGCCUUGGCGAGCAGUUAGCGUAUCCACGCUGCCCAAGCCCGAUAAAAGCGCCUUGCUUCGGGCCAAAUUACUGGAUGCCUCGAGACGGCUAAGAGCUGGCAAGGCAAAUGUGGCCUUGCAGACGGACUUUGUGCCCACAAAGCUCAUGAAAGAGGUCAGCUUUGGGGUACAAGAGGAUUUGAUUCUGCACAAGGACAUAGGUAUUCUCACGGAUGGACAGUAUUCGAAAAAGAAAGAUGGCUAUGAAAAGUAUGUACUUACCUAUUCGAUGUCACAAAUGACCGACAGUGUGGCUACAGUUUCUCGCCAAACUCAAACCCUGUUGCCCAAGGCUUUUAAUAAGGAUCUCGUAAAUUCGUAUCUACCCAAAUCUGACGAGGAUGAUGGCAGUGACAUUAUGUCCGAUGUGGAGAAGAGGCUGGGCGAUCAGAUUGCCAAGAUACGGAAACUAAACUUCGACGAAUCCAAUCAGUCGCGAAGAAGUGGUGCAAAUACGAUCUUAGCUCCUACCCUGGCAUCCUGGCAUUUCGAUGACGAUGCAGUGGAAAUGGAUGCCGAUCGACACUUUAUACCCUAUACAAUCGAGUCGUUCAGGCCAUGGCGCAGCUUCGUUCCCUUUCCCUUUCGAUUGAGGGGCAACUCCCUGAUUGGCAGCCAAAGGAUUGACUGGUACGCCCUGCUGCAGUCCAUCGAUGACCUGAUCAAGGAGUCGAAUAAUCUGGUGGACAAGCUGGAGCAGAUUAUGAUGGAGAAUCGAGCGCAUCGCAAGGGUGUGCUGGGAAAUCUGGGGAAAAUUCCCAAGUUCGAGCCUGACCAAUUUACACCUCCUUCGGAGCAAUGGUUACCGCUAAUUGAACAGCAGGAGAAGCAAUUGCAAAUUAUUAUGAGCAGCAGCAUGACUAAGGGUGACUCUACCGAGUAGUGUUUAAUAAAGAAUUUAUAAAACAAUUAAAAAAAAUAUUGAA